AUGAGCCUCAUGGACAUCAACAAGAUAUUCUCCCUGCUGCAGCCCGGGGAUGAGGAGGAGGACAGCGAGGAGAGCGAGGAGCUGAGCCGGGCCGUGUGCCAGGACGACCACGAGACCCUGGCCGUGCUGCUGUCCCAGGACAGGUACAAGAAGCUCAUCGACCGCAGGAGCGGCUGGGGGGUCCCCAGCACCCCCCUGCGCCUGGCGGCCACCCGGGGCUGCGUUCGGAGCCUGCGGCUGCUGCUGGCCCACGGCGCCCAGGUGGACAGCCUGGACGUGAAGGCUCAGACCCCGCUCUUCGUGGCCGUCAGCAACGGGCACCGCGAGUGCGUGCGGGAGCUGCUGGAGCACGGCGCCGACCCGCUGGGCAGCGUCUACAACAACUGCUCGCCGCUGCUGCUGGCUGCCAGGGAUGGCCACCUGGACAUCCUGCGGGAGCUGCUGGAGCACGGAGCCCAGCCCAACGUCCAGGCCCGCUUGCCAGAGUGGGCGGCCAACUCGGUGUCCUGCUCGGGGCCGCUGUACCUGGCGGCCGCCUACGGGCACCUGGAGUGUUUUCGGGCGCUGCUGCUGCACGGCGCUGACCCCGACUACAACUGCACCGAGCAGGGCGUGCUGGCGCAGAUCCGGGAGCCCAAAACCCUGCUGGAGACGUGCCUGAGGCACGGCUGCCGCAGCGAUUUCGUCCGGCUGCUCAUCGACUUCGGGGCCAACGUGUACCUGCCCAGGGUGCCCGUGGACGGGCUGGCACAGCCCAGCGAGGGGCUGGAGCUGCUGCUGCAGGCCAGAGCUCAUCCCAAAUCCCUGCUGUCCCAAUCCCGGCUGGCCAUGAGGCGUCUCCUGAAGCAGCCCAGCCUUUCAGCCGCCCUCGCAGAGCUGGAGAUCCCCACAGUCCUGGCCAAAUACCUGGAGCACCAGCCCUGA